AUGAAGGUCACCUACGCCUUGGCCGUGGCUGCCACCAUUGAGCAGGCCUCUGCCACCUUUCUCCUUGGAGGCGACCUACUCAAAAAGUGGAAAGGCGUCGAUUCCUUCAUUUGUCCCGGCCAGAAACCCGUCAUUUGCAAGCCCGACCAGGUACCUGGCUACGACUGGGGCAAGGUCCCCGUCGGACCCGUUGACAACUAUGGCGGUUGCAACUUCAAGGGCUGGUCCUGCAAGAAGAAGUUUGGCCGCCGCGAUAUGCUUGCUGGUCGCCAGGAUGAUGGUAGCAAAUUCAUCGAGGCCGAUAUCAGCACUGACGGCUCGAGCCAACCCGUGAUCGAGGCCAGUAACGAGAUUGGCAGCUUCGACAUCAACAACCUCUCUGUCGAGGUCGAUACUCCUGGUCGCUACGACUUCAUAUACACCGUUAGAAACAGCAACUUCCCCUGCAAGCAGACCCAUGAGCUCACCACUGAGGGCCAAACCAUUGUCAACACCCAGUGCGGUGACGCCACGGCGCUCACGAUUGCUGUCGCCAAAAACCAGGGCAACCAGAAGAGAACUCUUGGACUCUUUCUGAAGAAGUUCUGCAAGAUUAAGUGCCACAAGAUUGAUUUCUGGUGCAAGCCGCCGCCUCCUGGCAAGACUACCACUCCUCCUGCCAGCCAGACUACUCCUCCUGGCACGCCUCCUGUCACUCCUCCUGGCACCGAGACCACUCCUCCCAACACUCCUCCUACUGUUCCCGGUACCACUCCUCCGUUCGAGACUGUUCCCGGUACCACUCCUCCGUUUGAGACUGUUCCUGGAACUAGCAGCACCGAGAAGACUACUCCUCCUGUUACUCCUCCCGCCACUGUCACCACCACCUACACUACCUCCACUGUCUACACCACCUCUACGAAGACAAUCACCAGCUGCGGUCCUGAGAUCACCUCUUGCCCGAUCAAGACCCCUGGUGGCACUCAUGUUGUCACCGUUACCAUCCCCGUCAGCACCACCAUCUGCCCCGUCACUGAGACUGUCCCUGUUGUUCCCACUCAGACUCAGCCUGGCGAGACCAAGCCUGGCGAGACUCAGCCUUCCGAGACCAAGCCUGGCGAGACUCAGCCUGGCGAGACUCAGACCUCUCCCCCUGUUCCCACGCAGUCUCUUCCUUGCCCCGAAUCUGUUCCAAAAUGCUUGAAGAUGUGGUUGGAUGAGGCCAAGGAAUGCAAAAAGGACAACACCGAUGCCGCUUGCUACUGCAAGAACAGCAACUUCACCGACAAAGUCUUUGGUUGCCUGGGCGCGUACAGCGGUAGCGACCAGAACGUCGCCGAUGCCAUCAACUUCUUCCAGGGCAUUUGCGCUGAGCACGUUGGCGAGAACCCUAACAUUGCUACUGGUGCCGAGACCAUUAUCAUCACUGCCACCCCUACUGCUCAGCCCACUGGCGGCGUCACCACCAUCACCGUUUCCACUACCAUCACCGAAAGCAGCACCACCCGUGUUAUCAACACCCAGAUCCCCGUGCCCCAGGUCACCUUCUCACCCCCCGCUGAGAAGGAGCCUGCCCCUACCGGCGCCCAGCCCGGCGGCGAGAUCCCUACCGGUGCCCAGCCCGGCGGUGAGGUCCCUCCCGGUGCUCAGCCUGGCGGCGGUGAGGUCCCUACUGGCGUCCAGCCGCCCGCCACCCCGGUCGGCCCCGGCCUGUCCACUGGCACCGGCGUCCCCACUGUUCCCUCUGGCUCUGUUCCCCCCACCGUCAACGGUGCGGGCAAGGCUCAGGCCGGUCUUCUCGGAGCCGUCGCCAUGGUCCUUGUUGCUGCUCUUGACAACAAGAAUGGACCCGAUAUUGUUUUUAAUUCUUACGAUCCUUAA